AAAAAGGAACUGUGGUGUGAGAACUGAUGAUGUGAGCUGCAUUUCUCAAAGAAACUUCUGCUAUCUGAGCAGAAACUUCAUCAAGACUUCACACACUUUAUUCUUCAGCCGACAAAUGCGGUACACGUUUAAGCCGGAUGACUGCAUGGUCAUCAGCAUCCCUCUGGGAAGCGUCAGGAACAUGAGAGAGGGGCAGCUGAUGCCCGAGAAAUUCACCUGCAUCUUCAAAGACACUUACAAGGUUUUUCUGAAAGGACGACCAAAGGAACUCGGGGCGGCUCAGCUCAGCAUCGGAGCGUUUGUCAUUUGCAUCGGCUUCCUCAUUGCUUUUGAUUACAGUUUGUCUCAUUUAGUGUACACCCUACCUAGUGCCCUGUUCAUUGCUAGUGGCAUUCUGACAUUUGCAGCUGGGAAGUCUCCGUUCAUGCCCGUGGUGAAACUGUCCUUCGUAUUCAACAUUAUCAGCCUUUUCUGGUCCAUCGCAGCUAUAGUUCUCUGCUCGCUGCUAAAUGACAGAGGGAAUACAUUUAACAGCAGCACAGAUGACAUUUCAAAGACCCGUAUGUUUGUAGGGCUGAAGGUGGUGAUCGGCGUGUUGUGUGGGUUGGAGUUGAUUCUGGCUCUGGUUCUGAUCUACUGGGAGAGUAAAGCCAUAUGCAGAUCUCAUUUCAACACACUGCCCAUGAUCACUAUCAAGCAAGACGUUUGAUUGGACAGCGAGAUCGAAACACUUUGAGGCGUGGAUUUCUCUGUAUUUCUUUAAUUG